UAAAAUAUAACCAGAACCUUUUGUAAUUGUAACGCGCAAAUUUUUGAUUAAAAUGAGACAUCCCCCAGCUCUACACGACUUUUCUUUGCAAAGCUAUAGAAUAUACAAGAAAAGCCCUAAAUGUUUCAUUGUCAGCUCAAAGAUAUAGAAAGAAAAAGGAAUUUAGGACUUUUCUUGUAAAUUCUAUAACUUUGCAAAGAAAGGUCGUGUAUAGCUGGAAGACGUCUCAUUUUAAUCAGAAAUGUGCGGGCUACAAUUAUGCUCAUUAAGAAAAGUUUCUGAAACCGGGCCUUCAAGAGCCAUCGGCCGAUAUUCUUUUAGGCUUUUUACCUACUCGAGGUGUUCCCUAUCGAAUGAUACACGAGAAACCAAACUCUGCGCCACCAUUUAAGGGAUCGUCAAAUGCAAUUUCCAUUCUUUCUCGAGCAAAAGAAAAAGAAAAAAAUGAUUCAGAUAAUUUUACUCCACAACGAAUUCGUCAAUUAUUAUUGAGAGAAAAACGUUAUCAUGAGAAUAACGAAAAUAUUAUACAGUCAAAAGUCGCAAACAUGUUUAUGAAUGAACAACGGCAACAGCCAACAUUACAGACACCUCCUAAUAUAACAACAGCGAUACCUCAGCCAACAACGGUCAACAUAGGAUCACCACUUUCAUGUCAAGUAAUUCCUCCUCCGACUAUCGUUCGUCUGCCACUACGUCAUGCCAGUCGUGAACUAUCUCAAUCUCAACACAAUUCUCCAUCGUCGCCUCAUCAUCAAACACCAAAUGAACAACAACAACAACAACAACAACAACAGCAGCAACAACCUAUUCAACGUCCUAACCCAGGUGUUCUAAAUCAAGAUGCAUUACGAUCACUGUUAAAAGAACAUUUAACAUCAUUGCUCAAUUCAAAAGGUUCAACACACUCAAAAAGUACUGUUAUUAGUGUACCCACUAUGGAAAUAAAGCGACAUCCACCAUCAAAUAACAACGAGUCAAUACUACAUUCGGUAUCAGAAAGUGGACUUCAAACAAACAAACAACGACAAACAAUGACAGCAGCAGGAGGUGGAACUUCAGAUCCAUUAGCCAUCAUGCAACGUUAUUCAAAAUUACAAGAUCUUAUGAUGUCUAAUACAUCGGCUUCUACAUCUACAUUUUCUUCGUCGUCUCAACAAUUAAAACAAUUACCAAUAACCACUGCUGUUCAAGCAGAGCGACGAAUGAUUUUAAAUGCAUCACCUUUAUUGCAACGUUUAAGAAAUUUUGGUUUAACUGUUACACCCGUUGAUAUAUCUCGACAAGAUUCUCUGGAAAAAAUGGCCGCUGACACUCAACUAGUAAUACAAAAUGAUAGUACAAGCACAAGUACUAGUGCAAGCAAUAGUAGACCAAUUACACAACCAAUAAUGCAACAACAGCAACCAUAUUCUUAUCUAAAUUUGGCCACAAAUUCAGCAACAUUUAUCACAAAAGAUUCACCCACUAUUCAAUCUCAACAACAACAACGUAACGUUUUAAAACAUAAUGUAGAUGGAUUAUCAGAAUUAGCAAUCAAUUCGUCAAAUGUCAGAAAUACCAGACAUCAACAACAGUCACAUGAUAAUACCCAAUUAAUUACUCUCAAUUCUGACACACAAAUCACUUCGUAUCGUCAUCAUAAUCACAAACAUCGUGGUGGAUUCAAAGAGAAAUCGAAAAGUAGUUCAUCUGCCACAACAACAACAACAGCCACGCCAACAAUGGAACUUUUACCACCAAUUAUAGCAGGAAAACGAUUAAAUAUUCCACUAGCUAAUCAUCGCUAUUUGUAA